AGAGUGGAGGUUAGUGGUUACUGGCUGGUUCAAAAUUGAUUGAAGCAGAGGCAGCGAGACGACAAGAAGGAGAAGUUGAUGAGCGGCGGAAGAGAAAGAGAAUAAUGGCUAAGAAGGCAUGGAAGAUCAUCCCGCGGCCGUUGUUAGAGACGGUGCUGAACAAUCAUGUCCAGCACCACCGUGUCUCUCAACCUCUCAUUCUUCACGGCCCUCGAGGCGUCGGGAAAACUACUCUCAUCCUCAACCGUCUUCUGGACGACUGGAACAAAGGCCCCCAUAUCACCGGCUACGUCGACUUUGGUCCCUCCGUAGGAGAUCAUUAUCAUCUAUACAGCAAUCAAUCCUCACCAUGGGCCUCUUGGUCCAAUUUUCUGCCGCCCACCCUCCCUUCUCUUCGUUCGCAGCUCGAAUGCUGCCUGGAAUCAAUGGUCCAAAGGGGUGUUCGCCUCGGUACCAUUGGCUCUCAGCAAGUCUUCUCUACUCUCAAUAAAUGGCACAGCCUCAAUUCUGCCCUCCGCCGCAUUCUCCAAAACCACACUCAUGGCUCCCUUACCAUCGACGACAAGGUUCCUACAUCGGUAUUAUGGUCCAGGGCAUUAUUCGCGCUAUCUGCUCGAUCAAAAGCCAAUGAGAUUGAUGCGGUCCUUGGGUUGGAUGAGAAGGGUAAGGCUUUGACGCUCGAAGAGAGCUCAUAUUUCAGAGAAGCUCUGCUGUCGCUUCGACUUGCCAAGGAGGUUAUUCAAAUUCAUCAGAGCUGGAGAGCAAAUGCAGUCGCCCACUUGAAUCGUACUGGUGGGUUCUCGAGGUCUCUGGCCAAUUCUUCCACUGAUUGGCCAUAUUUGUUGUUGGAACUCCUCUCCGCCGCUGCUGAGGUUGAUUACUUCCAGCCGAAGCUGGUCAUAAACAAUAUCGAUGUUCUCCGGAAUGCUGUCCUAACUGAUGAUUCAACAGUGUCUGCAUCAAUGUAUCAUGACAGUCUUCUUUGGAGAUUAAUAGCAUUGGGUGUGAAUGAAAGGUGCUUGCCAGUCAUACUUUUAACAUCGGAUGGCUACUAUUCAUACCGAGCCUUUAUGGAUUUUGGGUAUCCAGACAUAUUCAUCUCCCGCGAGACUUUUGGCUGGACUCCUCAAGAAGCUAAAAUGCAUAUGGUUACUGAUUUCUUCACUGAAUAUGAGUGGCGGCUGAUUACCGAGGUACUUGGACCUAAUCCACGGCAUCUCUCUGAACUUUAUGCGCUCAAACAGAGCAGUUAUAACGAGAAGGUCAUGGAGGAUAGCGACAGGAGUACGUUUGAGGAUAUUCUAGAUGCAUACCUUGCAUAUUUGCAAGUGACUCUGGUGAAUCCUGCCAUGGAAUCAGCAUUGUCUAGUCUGCAAAAGUUUGCUGUUGAUGCGUACAAUGGAAGGAUCUCGAAAGAUCGAUUGCGUUUUGGUGCACCAUGGAGACAUCCCCCACGCACAGACAAUCCUGCACUUUGUUUAGAGUGGGCCAAGAUUCAACUAACUGAUUUCAUACAAUCUCUUGUGAAUGCUGAUUUUGGGGUUAAUUAUCUGGCUGAUUGUAGCCUAGAAAUCCUGGAUGAUCCUUCUGUAGUCGCAAUGAUGGAGGUUGGUUUACUCUAUGCACAGCGAGAUCCAUCCUUCAUUCGUCCUGUAUCUCGAGGUAUCCAGAGGUGUCUUGUCAGAUGGCUUGUCCAGGAAAGGAUGAAUAUGUCCUUUCAGCAGUUACGAAAGUACCUGUGGCAGAGAAUAGUACGUGGUCGCAGUUAUCGCCAUUUGAUGAAGGAAGCAGGAUAUAAGUAGUCUGAAGCAACAAUCAUUGGUUGAAUCUGUUGUAAGGGAUUCAAGGGAUUCUUGUGAGGUACAAUCUUUCCCAGUUGUAUUUCUCAUUCAUUUUGUGUUUUGCUUGUGAUCAUGUCUAGUUGCAAGUGAACUGGAGGAAAAUCCUGUCACUAUCUUAUUGAACCCACCUAAUGCUAGAAAUGUUAGGAAAGCAGUGACUUCCUGCUGGUAAAA